CCAAUAAAAUAUAAAAAUAUAGCCUGUGCGAAAAACACAAUGGGAUACUUUCUAAUCAAGCUUCAGGCUUGUCAGCAUUGUGAUGAUACAUGUCGGUGACAUGCGUGCAAUAAAGUGCUAGAUGGAACAAAUAUCAUUCCAUGCAUUCAAGGUCUACAUUGUCUUCAAACCUAAAAUCCCAUCAAAAAGUAUUUUACAUCGAACACAAACAAACAGCAAAAUAUACACGGGAUUAAAACAAACUAAUACAUCAGAUGUACAAUCGAAUUAUAGCACGUCAGUAAUUCACGUUCGAUGUAAUUAAACUGACUUGGUCCACAGAAUUCUAAAACAAACAAAUACAACUGUAUAGUCGAUUAGGCAUUAUGACAUUUAACAACAGACGUUAUGUGUUUGUAGUUUACUGGCUCAACAAAAUUCGAAUCAUAUUCGGUUAGAUUGUGAACAGCAACAAAUAAAUAGCCAAAAUUAGGAAAUGUCACCUUCAGACUUUAUGCCUCGAGGAAUAAAAGCUUAGUCGAUCUAUAUGCAUAUGUUGACAAAAGGGCAGUGUUCAAAUAUAUGUUCACGAAAGUCGCUUGUCUGUUAGCCGUACUCGUAGCAGAGCAGCGAGCACGGACUAACUCGAAGGAAUAAAUGGUUCACAGAGUAAUUUCUAACAACUGCUUUGUCUUUGCUACAUUAGUGUCUGGUUUAAUCUAGUUAAGUCUAGUUACGAUGGUAUGUAAAUUCCCCUAUCCUGUGGAAGCCAUCGUGUUUCUUACCUUGUGCUUGCUGUUACAGUUUUCAAGUUAUACAGAAUCAAUAUAUAUACAUGAUUGUUGCCAAAACUACACAACUACACUGAGAAUAAUUCAGUCGAUUAUUGCUCCAAUAAUAAAACUGCAACAAUAGAUGGCAAAAUAGUAGUCGACGAUGCAUCCAGAUGGACGAUGUAUUCCUGUUUGGCAUUUUUCUUGCCAUGCGCUGUCUUUUCUCUGAUUGUUACAGCAUGGAGCGACAAAAUUGGUCGGAAAUGGGCCAUCGCAAUUCCAACAUUUGGAACAGCAAUUGGAUCGGCGGUACAAGUAAUUGCAAUACUUUACAGACUGCCUUUAUAUUGGACGAUCAUUGUCAGUUUUAUUUACGGAGCUUCAGGUUCCUAUGUAGCAAUUCUAAAUAUCGGUACCGCCUAUCUUAGCGACAUAACAUACGAAGAAGAUCGAGACAGGCGCUUCACGAUUUUGCAGGCAUGUGCUAGUUUUGGAGGUGGUGUAGUACUUGUAGCUUCUGGAUAUUGGAUCGAUUCUCAAGGAUUCAUUCCCAGUUCUAUUUUCAUUACUGGAUGCGCAAUAGCAGCCAUUCUGUUUAUUCCCAUGAUGACAUCAGCUGAACACGAUAAAUAUUCUGUAUUGCCGUACAUUGACGAUUCUGUAAACGCUAACCAAGAUUCAUUGCAAGGAGACAAAUGCUAUAGAUCAAACGUUGAUCGAAAAUGUCCAAUGGUUGAAGACGAAUGUGACGAAUCAACGGCAUUAUUGCAUAACAAAGAAAUUACAAUCAAAACAUCAAAAUCGACAUUUUGCUCGCAAAUUAAAGUGAUCUGGAGAAUAUAUACAACAGAAAAAAAUAUUUGUUAUCAUGUAGAAGACUCAGUGAGCGAUGAAUGUUUUUACACAAGAAGAUUGUGGCGUCUAUGGUUUUUCGUUAUUAGCUAUGCUUGGUAUACAUUUGUCAUUAAUGGCUCGGCUGCGUUUCAGACUUUGUUUUUCAUUUCAUAUCCAAUUUGCUUUACACCUGGUAUGAUUGGUCUUCAAAAUGGCAUUGCCAGCGGACUUGUAAUAUUGAGUCCACUCAUCAUCAAAUUUUAUGAGUCCGUGCUGAGAUUGAGGACUCAAAGCAUUCUACUACUCACGAUUUGUACUCGCUUGUCAAGUACUUUAAUGAUGGGCUUCGCUAAAUCUCCUAUUCUCGUUUUUUCAGCCACGAGUAUCGGAGUUCUUUCUACCUUUCCGAAUUCAAUCAUACGCUCUCAAAUAUCAAAGCUUGUCUCUUCGUCAGAACAAGGGUCAGCUCUUGCUCUUCUCUCAGGAAUUGAGGGUACUUUCAGCAUAUUUUCAUCAAUUUUCUUUUUGUACAUAUAUCCUGCAACGCUCUAUAUUUCACACGGAUUCUCGUGGAUCGUAGCAAGCUUCGUGUUAUGCAUUCCACUAAUUCUAAUGAUCAUUCUUUGGAUUGUAGAGAACAUUGAAACCACCUUGCAGCUAAGAAUUGACGAUAGGUCAUUUACAGCAGAAGCUGACAAAUGGAAUGGAUAAAUGAAACGAGGAUUUCGUGGUUGUUUGUUUUUUAUAUAUUCUCCGCCGUAAUUGACUAUGACAAUAAGAUUUGCAGACACUUCUGAAAUCAAUGUUAUAGAAUGGCAAAAUUUUCUUUUCCAAAGACAGUACUAUAAAAUGUAGCUGAUAUUGACUCAAAAAUGUAAAAAAAAAGCGAUAAUUUAGGCCCUAAAUUUUAUUGACCGUACUGUAGAUAAAUCUAAAUACGAAUUUCUAGUUCUAGCUACAUAUUUUCUGCUUUGAGUCAUCAUAUAAGCAAAAACUAUGUUCAACAUUACCCAUCUUGACUCUAAGCAAAACACUGUAUCUGAUAUUAAUUUUAACUUUCACUGUACCAGUGCAGUAUAAACCAUAGUGCUUCGCGUGUUUUUGGCGGCUUCAGUAUAUAGUUUUUUUUUUAAUUUUUACUACUAUUUUCAUAGCUUGUGUUGUCAAAUAAUCUGGAAAUAAAGAAUAUUA